AUGCAGGCCGCUAUCCCUACAGAAAUACAGCCAUUUAUAGCCCUGAGCUUGGCUGGGUUAGCUGGUCUAACCUUCUUCUUGUGGACAACCUAUGACGCGGGGCCAAAUCUUGACUUUCUCCCAACGAUUGGGCCCUCUGGAAGCCUAUCAUCAUACUUGGGUGCUUUCCGAUACGUCUUCAAUGCAAAGGAGAUGUUCCAAGAGGGAUACGAGCGAUUCCCAGCCUCUAUGUUCCGCAUCGCCCUCAUUGAUCGAUGGAGCGUUUUAGUAAGCGGUAAACAGUUAGUGGAGGAUAUUGCCAAUGCCCGUGAAGAGGAUUUGUCUUUCCACCAGUCGACCAAUGAAUUCCUCCAAACGCGUUACACUCUCGGUCGCGGAAUAGAACGCGACCCAUACCACCCAGUGGUUAUCCGAACUUCAUUGAGUCGAAAUGUCGGCAGCCGCUUUCCUGACGUGCGCGACGAGAUAGUCUGUUCGUUUGCGGACCUUUUGGUACUGCAGGGCAAUGACCAAUGGCUCGCUGUUCCAGCCUAUAGCACCAUGAUGCAGGUUAUCGCAAGGACUUCGAACAGAAUGUUCGUUGGCCUGCCGCUUUGUCGCAAUGAGGAUUAUUUAGCCUUGAAUAUUGGCGUUGCGAUGGACGUGGUUGUCAAAGCUCAACUGAUCAAUUUCCUACCUGCCUUCUUGCGACCAACGCUGGGUCCAUGGAUCUCUUCCCUCAGAAGCAACAUGCGAAGAGCGAGCAAGCAUUUAACACCACUAGUCGCUGAGAGGUUGAGGUUGUUGGAAGAACACGGAAAAGAUUGGCCUGAAAGGCCGAACGAUCUCAUCUCGUGGUUGAUCGACCAAGCCCAGGGCGACGAGCUUGGGUUAGAAGCAUUGGUUCAACGUGUUAUAUUCGUGAACUUUGCUGCUAUUCGGACAUCAACUGAUACCUUUGUUCACAUGUUGUUUGACAUUGCAACGCACCAAUCUUACAUUCAACCCUUGCGAGAAGAAAUCGAGGCUAUCGUUAACGAGGAGGGUUGGACGAGGGCUUCAAUGGGGAAAAUGUAUAAACUUGACAGUUUCCUCCGCGAGUCUCAGAGACUGCAUGGCAUCGGAACCCAGUCAUUGGGUCGAAAGGUCGUCAAAUCCAAUGGAUUUACCUUCUCAGACGGCACAAGACUCCCACAAGGAACAUAUAUUCACGCAACAACUUGGAGCCUACACCAUGAUCCAGAAUUGUACCCUGAUCCGCACGUGUUCGACGGAUUUCGUUUCUCUAAGUUGCGGGACGCGUCCGACGUUGCUGGAAGCGCAAAAUACGCUGCAGUGACGACGAAUCUAGACUAUCUUGCCUUUGGGCAUGGUGUUCAUUCUUGUCCAGGGCGUCAUUUUGCUGCUGUCGAACUCAAAGCAAUCUUGGCCCAUAUUUUACUCAACUACGAUAUCAAAUUGGAGCCAAAAGACGAGGUCAAGGGGCGGCCAGAGAACCAGUAUAUUGCCUCAGCAUGCUUGCCUAAUGAGAAGGCGAAAGUGUUAUUUAGGAAACGUCAGUAA